AUGGCGUCUGUCAAAUCACAGCUUCGGGACUGUUCCUGGAAGAAAACCGGAUUCCUAGUGUCUACCGAUCCCAAUCUGGUGCCAGUAUCAACACUCGUCGAUAUCUUCGCAUCCGGGGCUCUGUACUGGGCGAAGCCGCUGCCAUCUGAAGCAAUGCAGGAAAUACUUGAGAAUUCGCUCGUGUUUGGCUUGUAUGAACAGCUCGCGCCCGGCGAGUCGGCAAUCCCUUCCUCAGAGCUGAAGGUCAUCGGCCUGGCUCGAUGCGUAACCGACUAUACGACUUUCUCUUAUCUCACAGACGUCUGGAUCAGCCCAGAGUAUCAAGGAAAGGGCCUCGGUCGCUGGCUCAUUGGAUGUAUCCGAGAGACCUUUGAAAACUUGCCUCAUAUGAGGCGCAGCAUUCUGUUUACCGGAGAUUGGGAGAGAUCAGUUCCGUUCUAUGAGAAGUUCCUUGAUAUGACACUCGUUGAGACGAAGCAUGGCGAAGGGUUAGCACUGAUGGAAAGCAAGGGGAAGGGACAUCCUGCUUAUGGCCUUGAAGGAAAUGGCUAUAAUUGA